CGUUUGUUUCGUUACUUGUAAAUCUCAGAGCCUUGCGUCACUCAGACAGGCCACCCUUGCAUUGUAAUUCAGCCAUUCUGCUACUGAAGUUAAACCCAGAAAUGUCGAUCACCUCGCAGACUCCGCCCUCUGCUUCCCUCGGAUCCUCAUCAUGCAUUCAGCGACGAUCUAGACUUUCAGCUGCUUCCACUCCUCCUCCGUCUCUGCUCUUCAAAUCUCGUAGACUCUUCCCUCAAAUCCGUGCCUCCACUGGAUCCUCUCCCUCUCUCGACACCGGUCUAAUCAGUGAAUUGGAUGCUGUGUCAAGCUUCAGUGAGAUAGUCCCUGACACCGUCAUUUUUGAUGAUUUUGAAAGGUUCCCCCCAACCGCUGCUACAGUCAGCUCAUCACUUCUCCUGGGCAUAUGUGGCCUUCCAGACACAAUAUUUAGGAAUGCUGUGGAUAUGGCUUUGGCAGAUUCUGAGUGUUCCGGGCUGGCAAGUUCUGAAGCAAGAUUGCCUUGUUUCUUUAACAAGGCUUUAGUGAAUGUGGGGGGUGAUAUGGCAAAACUAGUCCCUGGUCGUGUUUCAACUGAAGUGGAUGCACGCCUUGCUUAUGACACACAUGGAAUCAUCAGGAAGGUGCAUGACCUCUUGAGGUUGUAUAAUGAUAUUAAUGUUCCUCCUCAACGCCUAUUGUUUAAAAUUCCUUCAACUUGGCAAGGAAUAGAGGCUGCAAAAUUGCUUGAAUCUGAGGGUAUACAAACACAUUUGACCUUUGUUUACAGCUUUGCUCAAGCUGCUGCUGCAGCCCAAGCUGGUGCUUCUGUUAUCCAAAUUUUUGUUGGCCGCCUUAGGGACUGGGCACGGAAUCAUUCAGGAGACCAAGAGAUAGAAUCUGCCCUUGCAAGAGGAGAAGAUCCUGGUUUGGCAUUGGUGAGAAAGGCUUACAAUUAUAUUCAUAAAUAUGGACAUAAGUCAAAGUUGAUGGCAGCAGCUGUUCGCAACAAGCAGGACUUAUUGAGUCUUCUGGGGGUUGACUAUAUCGUAGCACCAUUGAAGGUUUUGCAGACUCUUAAAGAAUCUGUCACUUCCCCUGAUGAGAAAUACUCUUUUGUUAGAAGGCUGUCCCCUCAGUCUGCUGCUAAUUAUGCAUUUAGUGAUGAAGAGCUUGUGAAGUGGGACCAAAUGAGCCUUGCUUCGGCAAUGGGGCCGGCAGCUGUGCAACUUCUUGCUGCUGGACUGGAUAGCAAUGCUGAUCAAGCGAAGCGCGUGGAGGAGUUCUUUGGGAAGAUAUGGCCACCCCCAAAUGUAUGAAUUUGAUCUCUUGCUCUCUCAGUUCAUUUAUAUUUUCACUGAAUAAACAGAAUACGGGACCCCCGCACGAGAUCUUUUUAUCUUCCUCUUUAAUCUCACGACAUUUUCCUCGGAUGUAAAUUAAAUCCAGUUCCUGGAGAAAACUUGUUAUGGAUAUUCCCUUCCUUUUUUAGUUGAA